AUGUCGGCGCACAACAUCACCAGACCAUUCCCUCUUGGUGAGUCGGGAGACAAGUUUCACAUGGUUAUGUACUUCUUGACCAAGUGUCCAGAAGUAUUCGCCAUGCUUAAUCAGGAAGCUGUAACAGUCGCGAAGAAAUUGGUCGGAGAAUUCUAUUCAGACCAUAACUGGAACUUCGAAUCGCAAGUGUUUCAAGAAGUAUAUAAAAUUUUGGGAUAA